AUGCAAUAUGGAGAAUCCAUCUACACUUACAAAAAAAUAAGUCAAGAGGAUGAAGUUGUGACGAUUUUUCUGCUGAACCAUCAUGAGUCCAGAGGCUGUGCUCUUCAUAGCUGGCAUCAUAGGGAGAUUCCCACUUUGCGAUUCAAUGAACUGGCCAUAGCAAGUGUAAGAAAUCACUUCAAUCAUCAUUCGUUAAGUGUAGUCUGCAUAUGUAAGGAUUCCGACACUUUUCUUCUCGAUACUCUGGCCAAAGAUAUUGAUAGAAUGCGACAAGAACGAAUUAUUUUGUGGAUACAAACGAAAGUCACCAAGGAACUUCUUCAUAUAGUUUCCAACCAAUGCGAGGAGCACAGAUUUCUGCGACUCCUCAUCGUGGAGGCGAUAGAAAAACUGGAGCGAGAAGUAAUUGCAUUCCGGCUACAUUUUUAUCCAAGCCCACACUUUCAACGAAUUGCAAACAUAUGUGAUUUAGAAGGUCCUAUUUUUCCGUCUCAAAGGAACAACUUCAAGGGAAGAACGGCCACUCUAGAGCCUGCUUGGAGUAGAGGCAUAAAAACCUACAAAAGGUUGUCCCCCAAGGCUAGAAUCUCAAUAGACCGAGCCCAAGACAAUAUAGUCCUGGAUUUCGCCAAUACGUAUAACUUGAGUCUCAAAGUGAUAGAGCCUCCGAAUAGGGCAAACCUGAGUUCUUCAAGGAUGGCCGACUUUCAAUUCAACUCGCUGUUCAUGGGAAAUGUAUACAUAAAGCAUAUUAAUCCCUACGAUAUAUCAACCAUAGCAGUUGUCGUUCCCUGUGGAAGAGAGAUGCGAAUAGAAGAAGUGUUUAAGCAUCUGGAUAUGAAGUCUUGGCUUCUUCACAUUCUUCUAGUCUACGGAAUCUUUGUGCUGGCGGAAACCUUUAUACUCGUGAUUACCCAUAAGAUAUCAGGCGAAGCCUACAGAUUAACCAGUCUAAGUCCUGUGCUGAACCUCCGUGCAUUCCGAGCACUUCUAGGCAUGUCCUUUCCCAUGAGCCGCAGAUCAAGCCUUUCGCUGCGACAGCUUUUCCUGGUCAUAACUGUGUUCGGGUUUGUUUUUAGCAAUUUCUUCAGCUGCAAGCUGAGUGCCCUGCUCACGAAACCUUCCCGGCAUUCCCAGAUCAGAAACUUCGAGGAGUUACAGUCAAGUGAAUUGACCGUCCUAGUCGACUUGCACAUGCGGAUCCUCCUAGAAAAAUGGAAGAGGCGGGCAUCGUUGGGCAUUGGACUCAACGAGCUCCCUUCGAAUUAA